AUGAACGCGUUACCAGGAGGGACCUUGAACUAAACAACGCAACAAUGGCGGCGGCUGUAACUUCUAGUAGACCGUACCAUAUUAUUAUUUUCGGUGCCACAGGGUUCACCGGACAGUUUGUAGUGGAGGAGGUCGCCCGAUGUGCUGCCGAGAGUCCCGGCGGAAGCUCUCUGAAAUGGGCCGUGGCCGGGAGAAGCAGACAGCGUCUGGGAGAAGUGUUGAAACAAGCCGCGGGGAAACUGUCUAUGCCAGAGCUGAGGACAGACAUUGAAAUCAUUAUUGCUGAUGUGUCAAUUGAGGAAUCGCUGGCCAUCAUGUGCCAACAAGGCCUGGUAAUUCUCAACUGUGUGGGACCUUACAGAUUUUAUGGCGAACCAGUGAUCAAAGCUUGCAUAGAAAAUGGAGCUCACUACAUAGACAUCUGUGGGGAGCCUCAGUUCCUAGAGAGUAUGCAGCUAGAGUACCACACUAAGGCGUUGGACAGGGGAGUGUAUGUGAUUGGGAGCUGUGGCUUUGACUCCAUACCGGCAGACCUGGGUAUUCUCUAUACACAGAGGCAGUUCAAAGGAACACUGACAGCUGUGGAGAGCUUCCUGAACAUUAGCAGUGGGCCUGAGGGCUCAUCUGGCCACGAUGCCACUUGGCAGUCUGCUGUGUACGGUUUCGCAGACAGCGGAUCGCUCCGCCAGGUGAGGAAGAAGCUUGGCCACAAGCCGCUGCCUGUGGUGGGAGCCAAAGUCAAAAAGAGGGGGUUUGUGUUUUUCAGCAAGGAGAUCGAGCAGUAUGCCAUCCCAUUUAUGAGUUCUGACCCCUCAGUAGUCAAGAGAACCCAGCGUUUCCUUUACGAGGACGAGCACCAGUCACCAGUCCAGUACAGUGCCUACGUUGGGAUCGGUGGCGUCUUCUCAGUAGUUAAGCUUUUCUGUGGCGGCCUAUUCUUCUGGUUCUUGGUCAAAUUCAGCCUGGGCAGGAAGCUCCUCACCACGUUCCCAUCACUCUUCUCCUUUGGCUUUUUCACCAAGUCUGGUCCAACCAUGAAGCAGAUAGAAGACACCUGUUUCAGCUUGACACUUUUCGGGGAGGGCUACUCAGAGGGUACGGAUCCCAUGCAGGGUCGACCCAACGCAAAGAUCUGCACUCAGGUCAUAGGAGCAGAGCCGGGUUAUGUAGCUACAGUUUCUGCUAUGGUACAAGCAGCAGUGACCUUGCUGAAUGAACUGCACUCUCUACCCAGGAGGGGAGGGGUGUACACUCCAGGAGCUGCCUUCCAUAAGACAAGUCUAAUCGAGCGCCUCCAAAGCCACAGCAUCAAGUUCUCAGUCAGAAACUAGCAGUAGGCCUUUAACAGUAACCACUGUAAAGGUUAUCUUCAGUUACAGUAUGUAUCGUAUUUGUACUGAUGUCCACUGGAGAUGUCAACAUAAGCACUUAUCACCGUGAUUGUAUCUGUAAAGUCCUGAACUUCUGUUUAUCGCUUUAGUCAUUUCACUCACACGCUGGGAACAGAACCACUGAAGCAGAGCUGCGUUGUCUUGUUCAAGGACACACAGGUACACACUGGCUGUCACACACAUCUCUGCAUCUCUACAGCAGACAUUUGUUGACUAUGAAUUUAUGGAAAUAAGCGUGUUUAGUUUAAUCAACAAGAAUCUUGGUCUGCAUGAAAAUUUGUACUUGAACACAAAAACCACUAAACUUGAUAUUUAAAAUACAAUAUAGCAGAAACUAUAUAACUAUUUGUUUUAGGGAUGAACGAUCUAGAUUUCUUUCAGUUGAUACGAUAGCUCAGUGGUUCCAAAACUUUUGUAGAUAAGAAUAUUUUCAAGCCCCCCUUGGGAGCCCUGUCACAAACUUUUCCAUGUUAUGCUAGCAGGGCUCAAGCCUUGCCGUCCCCCGUGCAAUAGCUCUGCCCCCCACUUUGGGAACCACUGCGAUAACUGAUAAUUGCCGCUUCUAAAGGACAAUACCGAUAAUUUCACAUUUUUGUGUUUUAAAUAGUUCAUUACCUGAUUAUACGCACCUAAUGGUUUAAAAGGCUAAGAUUUAGUGAGCUAAGCUAUGAAUGAUUUAAUAUUUCAUAGUUCUGAACUAACCAAAUCUAACUGACAUUGUUAACACAACAAAAAUGAUCUGUGUAUCUAAAGCCGGCCACAGCUCCAUUGUUAUAAAACUAUAUAUAAAAAACAUCAGUAAGCCACACUGUUGCGCUGUGAGAGAUGCUCCUUAGUUACCAUGAGCUCUCGUACUUGAACACACAUUUGAAUCUUUUUUGUCCACCGUCCACAUGACAAGUGAUGGAAACUCAAUGUAUUACCACAGUUUUUGUGACUGAUGCAAAUAUUAUGGUCCAAGAUGGUGCUAAUCUUGUGCACUGGCCUCCAGUAAAUGCUCUGUUUACUGCUGUUUUGAAUAAUUUUGUCAAAAACUAUAUCAUUUUUACUUCAAUUAUUUUUAAGUCCAUAGCAAUCAAUGUGUUUGGGGCUGAGAGCCACAGAUGGGGAAAGGGAGUCUGAAAGAGUCUUUGGUAUCAACUGUUUCGUGUGAUUUGUUGAGAUCAGUCUUAUCCUUUAAAGUACUUUAUGCUCUUUGAACUUAAUGCAAAGAGUUAAAUGCACAAAAGAAAUAAAAGAAAUUCAUGAAUUGUUA